UGACGGUAGGCGGAAGAGCGCUGCCGUGUUUUCGUCACCCGAUCUCGGAGUGACUUCAGGCCGGUGAGAGGAGCUGCCCGUCCGGUCAAACUCUUCCAGGAGGCCCGCGGAGAGCCAUGGCGGCUCUGUCGGCUCAGUCUGAUGAAGACUGGCAGGACUUUAACGAGUUUACAGCGGCCUCGGACGCCACGUCGGAGCCGGUACACAGUGAGCCGGAGGAGCCGGAGGAGCGGCAGGAGCCGGGGCCUGAGCCGGAAUUCUCAGCGUUCUGCUGGGACGUGGAGGACAGUGUGUCCGGGGAGAAGAGCAGCUGGAGCUCCGCGCAGGAUCUGGUGCAGGAGUUCGAGCAGAAGCUGAGCUUGUGUUUCAGAAAGAACUUCACAGACACUGAGAACAUCUCCGAUAUCAAACCCAUCACCGAGGAGCACUUACUCCGAGAGGACGAGAUAUGGAACGCUCUGACAGAUAACUACGGGAACGUGAUGCCAGUGGACUGGAAGACGUCUCACACUCGUUCUCUCCAUCUUCCUUCGCUCAACCUCGUCCAGCAGCCGAAGGUGGACAGUGUGAAUCUGGACCUGUCUGAUGAUGAGGAGCUCAGAGAGCAAAUGGACCUUCACUCUAUCAUCGUCUCCUGCGUUAACGAGGAACCACUGUUUACUGCAGAACAGGUGAUCUCGGAGAUUGAGGAAAUGAUGCAAGAGUCUCCCGACGCAGACUCGGAGCAGUGUGUGUCCCCGCCAGACCUGUCCAUCCUGUCCCAGGAGCUACACACACUCACACACUCCUCAUCUACCAGCAGCUACGAAGAACGUCUGCGUGGGAUGAGUGUGUGUGAGCUGGAGGCGCUGCUGGACGAGGUGGAGAAGAAGAUCCGGGUGUUCUCCGAGGAGCUGAUCGAUCAGCUGGCCCUGCGUGACGAGCUGGACUUUGAGAAGGAGGUGAAGAACACUUUCAUCUCGCUGCUCAUCGAUGUGCAGAACAGACAGAAGGAGGUGAUGAAGAGGAGGAGGAAGGGCAGGAGCACGGCCGGGACGCCCAGAGGAGAGCGCACACACGCACCCGGGACUUAUUUAACUACAGUUAUACCCUAUGAGAAGAGAAGUGGUGCUCCAUCAGUUGAAGACCUGCAGAUCCUCACCAAGAUUUUACAUGCCAUGAGGGAUGACAGUGAUAAAGUUCCCAGCUUGCUGACUGAUUACAUCCUAAAAGUCUUAUGUCCUACAUAACCCGGAUGAACGGAAUUUUCCAGGAGGAUCCAGAUGAAUCAUGGGAUCGUGUUCUUCCUCCAGAAGCCAGAUAUUUUUUAUCUUGACCCUUUAUUUCUAUAUUUCGCUGUUUUGAUGUGCUAGUAAAGUUAUUUUUAUAUUCUCCGGGC